AGUGGAACCCAGCGCCCUGCGACUCGAGUAGACGGUUGUGGCAAUCUCUCCGGAGCGAGCUACCCUCUGGGCCCGGCUCCCAGGCCGCUGGCCGCGCAGUCUGUUUUCAGCCCAUUAAUCACCACGUUGGGACGGCCUCCGGGGAACGCCGGAAGAGGCGGGGCAGGAGCUGGCGGAAGCGGAAGCGGUGCCAUUAGUUUUCCGAGCGCUACGCCUGCUGAUGCUGGGAGCCAACCGGCGUUUCGGGCCGGGUGCCCGAUGUCCCCGCGGGGCCCAGGACCACUGGGAGGACGGCGGGGGCCUGGCGCCCGGGUUCGCGGCCCGCGACCUGCUGAGGGGCGCAUCUAACAUGUCAUUUGAGGAGCUGUUGGAAUUGCAGAGCCAACUGGGGACUAAGGCAUACAAACAAUUGGUAGCUGGAAACAGCCCUAAGAAGCACAGUCCUAGACCCGCUAUUCAAAAUGUACGUGUUGCAGAUAAGCACAGGCCUCUGGAAAUGUCAGCCAAGAUCCGAGUACCAUUUUUACGUCAGGUUGUUCCCAUCAGUAAAAAGGUAGCCCGGGACCCUCGCUUCGAUGAUCUGUCAGGUGAAUAUAAUCCUGAGGUGUUUGACAAAACAUAUCAAUUCUUGAAUGACAUCCGAGCGAAAGAGAAAGAGCUUGUGAAAAAACAGUUGAAGAAGCACCGUUCAGGAGAGGAGCAUGAGAAACUGCAGCAACUGCUUCACCGAAUGGACCAGCAAGAAAUGGCACAGCAGGAACGAAAGCAACAGCAGGAGCUUCACCUGGCCCUGAAGCAGGAACGUCGGGCUCAGGCCCAAGAGGGCCAUCGGCCAUACUUCCUGAAGAAAUCUGAGCAGCGCCAGUUGGCACUAGCUGAGAAGUUCAAGGAGCUGAAACGCAGCAAGAAACUGGAGAGCUUCUUGAGUCGAAAGAGGCGACGAAAUGCAGGAAAGGACAGGAGACAUCUCCCUUUGAGCAAAGAACAAUAAGGAACUGUCAGCUGCCCUGCCACUGCCCCAGGGAGACACGGAUCUGUGAGGACAGAUUUGGCCUCAGCUCCUUUCUGUUCAAGGGCAAGGAUCACAGCUGCCCUUGAAUUUCAUUGCCUCAGAGAAGACUAAAAGCCUCUUGGAUGGCUCCUAGGGCUGGACAAGAAGAAUAGUUCAGCCUGAUGCCAUGGCACGUGGCCUCAGCUUGGAUCUGGUUCAUUGUGUCCUUGUGUUCUUUCAUCCUUACCUUAAAACAGGGAUUCUGAUCCUGAAUAAGAGGGACCAGUGAAGACUACGGAGGUCUGUCCAUGAGUCUCAGGGCUGGGACAUUAUGUAGGAGCCACUUCAUAAACAUUCUCUUUUCUCA